AUGACAGAUAGCAACACGCUACAGGAGAGCAGAAUACCUCCGGUAGUCUUAGUUAUUGACAGCCCAAUAGCAACUCCGGACUUUCGUGCUUACCGCCUUCGUCGCCUCAUUGACGGCAUUACGCGAACUUCCUUUGUCUGGGUUCUUUCUUUGGUUUCGGUGGGCUUUAAGUUGCUUCAAGUGACUGUCAACACCACGGCCUUGUGUUUGUCGUCGAAAGACACUUCGCAAAGCCCUUUUCGCCUGUUUAUCUUUGUUUAUACACUGUUUGUUGCGGCUCAUGGUCUGUCCUUUGUCUAUCGACAUUGGGGAUACUUGGUGAAAAAUGAACCGCUGGAAUUCUCACAGGGCGCAGAAUCAACCCUGUUUAACAACCUACUGGAUAUCUUUACUCUCUUUCUUUACUUCAUCGGGUUUAAGUGGCUACAAGAGUAUCAGAGUGAAAAAGACAAAACGCCUUUGCUCUACUACCUAACGAAGGUUUGGGUUUUUUAUGGUAUUGUUGUGCUUUUGGCGCCUAUCUUUUCGGUUGUUUUGAUUUUGAUUCUUUUAAACUACAUUAAACCUAGUCUGCCUGUCUUAGAAUACACGCCUGGUGGUAAGAUAAGUGAAGAGGAUGCACAGUGCACGAUUUGCUUGACGCCAUACGCUAAUAAGGAGAAGAUUCGCCGGCUUCCGUGCAAGCACCAUUUCCAUAUGGCCUGUAUUGAUGAAUGGUUUGGCAUCGAUGAUUUGUGCCCUCUCUGCAAACGACCAGUCAAUCCGCUUUAUGACAUUGUUGGCUCAAGCAUCUAG